AUGCGGGAGCCACCCUCCGAGCCAACGAGGAGGGUCCGCGUAGAUGUGGCGAUCUCGCGCGCCGCCCUGUGCGCCGGGCGGAUAGCGAAUGGAAGGGGCGCGCCCGCUGGCCUGGGGACUAAUCAGAGCAGGGCAGGCAGGCAGGUCCGGCUCCCAGUGGCCACUCGGGCGCAGACUCAACGCGUUGCCUGCUCUUGGACUGGACAAGCCUCCUGCCAAUCAGGGGCGGAGCAAGAGGAGCCUCGGCCAAUAGCGGGAGGCGGCCGGGUCAGGCCGGUGGCCCUGCGAUCCGCGCGGUGGUCCGUGAGCCCGUUGGCGCUGAGGGAGUGGCCGCCCUCCGGCUCUCGCGCGCUGCGCUCUCCACCCCCCCCACCCCGCCCCCGGGCCCGCCCGUCGGCCGCGCCGCGUCAUGUCGGGCGCUGCUCGGCGCUAGUGCCCGGGCCUCUGUUCUCAUUCCCCAAUGCCUGGCUGAAAGUGCCGGUGGUUCCUUUCCAGUUUCCUGAGGUUGUUCCCCUUAACAUUGGAGGGGCUCACUUCACCACACGCCUGUCUACCCUGCGGCGCUAUGAAGACACCAUGCUGGCGGCCAUGUUCAGCGGGCGACAUUACAUUCCCACAGACUCCGAGGGCCGGUACUUCAUUGACCGGGAUGGCACCCACUUUGGAGAUGUGCUGAAUUUCCUGCGCUCAGGGGACCUGCCACCCCGGGAGCGUGUACGGGCUGUGUACAAAGAGGCUCAGUACUAUGCCAUCGGGCCCCUCCUGGAGCAGCUAGAGAACAUGCAGCCUCUGAAGGGGGAGAAAGUGCGCCAGGCGUUUCUGGGACUCAUGCCUUAUUACAAAGACCACUUGGAGCGGAUUGUGGAGAUUGCCCGGCUGCGUGCAGUACAGCGGAAGGCCCGUUUUGCCAAGCUCAAGGUCUGUGUCUUCAAGGAGGAGAUGCCCAUCACCCCCUAUGAGUGUCCGCUUCUCAACUCCCUGCGCUUCGAGCGGAGUGAGAGUGAUGGGCAGCUCUUUGAGCACCACUGCGAAGUGGAUGUAUCUUUUGGGCCCUGGGAGGCUGUGGCUGAUGUUUAUGACCUACUGCACUGCCUGGUCACAGACCUCUCAGCCCAGGGCCUCACUGUGGACCAUCAGUGCAUCGGGGUGUGUGACAAGCACCUCAUCAACCACUACUACUGCAAGCGCCCCAUCUAUGAGUUCAAGAUCACAUGGUGGUGA